CACAGCAGAGCCUCUCACAAUUCGUGAUGCCAAAGCACCGUGGUACAUUCAUCGUUGCCGGGCCUCUAACCCACGGCUAAUCGCCGCGCGUGAUCCUGCAGCGACGACGCGCGCGCAUCUGUCCGGCAUUCCAGACAGCCCACAAGCUGAGGCUGCCCACAAGCUGCUGCCCACAAGCUGAGGGCUGCCCGAGCACGCCUCCCUCCCUGCGUCGACGCUUUCGAACAUGGAGAUUCGCAGCAUGCGGCCCUUUGGCGUCGAGGUCAUCGGCUGCGACCUGGACGACGCGACCGGCGACGACGUCCGGCGCAUCUACGACGCCAUGGAGAGUGAUAAUGGAUGCGGCGUGGUAUGUCUGCGCGACCAGGAUCUGACACCGGAAGCGCUCGAGCGCGGGCUGGGACGCUUCGCGAAGCACUUCGGAGCCCUGAUCCGCUACGACCGCUGGCCGGGCCAGUCGCGAGGCGUCCGAGGCUGUCAGCACCUGGCGCUCCUGGGAAAUUACCGCGCGAGGCGCGACGGAGAAAUAGUCGAGGGCUGCCGGAAGGGCGAACAGAUCGGCGAAUUCAAGCCCGCGUUCAACGUCGUCGAGGAGUGGCACACGGACGGCUCAUUCCUCGCCGCUCCGAAGAGCGCCAUCGCGCUGUGCCGACUCCGGCGUCGCACCUCGUCCGCGGCAAAUCGUCACGACGCCCCGCAGGUACGCGCCGGCCUGGCUCGACGACGCGCUGCCGCCCGUCGGCGCGGCGACGCGCUUCGCGUCGUGCGCGCGCGGCUACGACGCCUUGGAGGAGAGCGAACGCGCCGAGCUCGGAGCGCUCGCGUCGGUCCAUUCCUGGGAGAGCUUCAUGCACCUCCUCGAGCGCCGGGAUCCCAAGCGCCAGAAAAUCACGCCCGCCGACGCGGCGAAAAAACCGGACGUCUGCUGGCCGCUCGUGCGACGCCACCCCGACACGGGUCGCCUAUCUCUCUACCUGAACCCGAAGAACACGCGGCGCGUGUGCAGACUGCCGCGCAGUGGGUGGCCCGCCAGGUCCGGCAGGACGGUCGAAGAGGGCGACGCGAUGGUCCGCCGCCUCGCGGAGCGCGUCAUCGAGACGGGCGUCUACGCGCACGCUUGGAAGAAGGGCGACCUAGUGCUAUGGGACAAUCGCCAGCUACUCCAUGCGGCGUCGCCAUUCGAUGCGGACAAAUACCAGCGACUGCUCUUCCGCGCCGAGUUCGCGGGGGAGGCGGUCCUUCACGGCGCCUGAGAUCUGGGCUCCCGCACGUGUACAUAGAAGUGUUUAUUUUGUAA